AUGGAUCUCGCUGUAACAUUAAUCAAGGCCGUCAUGCGGGCGUUCUACCCGACGCGAGACAUCCUUGUGGUGGACGCACUGAUUCUUCAUGAAGCGCUUCGCGACGACGAUCUAGCCUAUUUAAUGGCCAUCAACACCAAGGACUUGCACAAGAUAUGCGGAAAACUCAGAGAAGACCGCUUUCUGACAGUUCACACGAGAUCCGAGUUGCGACCAGGCAACCCGCGACCGAGUAAUCGCACAUGGUACUACAUCAACUACCGACAUACCAUCGACGCCAUCAAGUGGCGGGUUUACAACAUAGACAAAGAAGUCCAGGGAACCACCGUGCCGGUAAACGAAAAGAAGGAAUACUUUUGCUCGUUCUGUAAGGCGGAAUGGACGGCGAUGGAAGUUUUGGACAGCGUUGGGCCCGAGGGCUUCCUUUGUCACCGAUGCCGACGACCUUUGUCAUUUGAAGCAGAUCGAAAUGCUGGCGGGCACGAACAGUCUACUAGACUGAAUGACCAAUUCAAGUUCAUCAGCGAGCUCUUGCCUAAAAUCGACGCAGCCCAUAUUCCGGAAUGCGACUUUGACCGGGCCUUGUCAAAGGCUCGGCCAGUGAUCCGCGACGCUACGCACCAACGCGCAGCUACGAUACCCGUUGAUGACGCAUCGUCUCGGCCCAUGGCAGUUCGAGGCUUGGCCAAUACAGGUCCGCAGUCCAUCGCCGUCAACAUAUCCACGUCUGACGGGCCGUCGGAGGCUGAGAAGGAGGCCGACAGACUUCGCAAAGAAAAGAUUGCGCAGCAGAACGCGCUCCCAUCCUGGAUGUCAAACAGUACUAUUACGGGAGAGUCGUUUUCUGCGACGGCUGAAGCUGGUGCUUUGGGGUUGGGCAGAGACGCAGCGGAGCGAAAACUGUCUCAGGGCAAAUUGGUCGACAACAAUGCCACUACGCAGAUUGAUGACAUCUUCGAGAAGCUCAAGGCAGAGCAAGCUGCCAUCUUGGCGCGGGAAGCAGAUGAUGAAGACGAAGAAGAGGAGUAUGGUUCCGAAGAGGAGGAUGACGAAUUCGAAGAUGUCAUGGCCACGGGCAACAACUCGGGCCUGGGCACGCCCGGCAUUAAGACUGAGGCAUCGGAGGUUCCAUCAGGUGACGUAUCCCGAAUGGAAGACAGCUCAGAUGAGAGGGCGAACAAGCGGGUCAAGGUUGAGCCUGGAGUUAAAAAGGCGGACAGCGGUGACGAAGACGACGAUGAGCUGGAGUUUGAGGAUGUCUGA